AUGGCUAAGAACUCAAAGGGUUCUUGUGUUGGCUUCGGUCGUGAACAAAUCCACGACUCCAAUGUUAUGGUUUCACGAAGUCGUCGCAGGCCGAGGAAAGUGGGGGUGAGCGGGAUUUUUACUCCCUCAAAUGGACUAGUCGGAAAUCGUGUGUUCAUGGCUAAGAACUCAAAGGGUUCUUGUGUUGGCUUCGGUCGUGAACAAAUCCACGACUCCAAUGUUAUGGUUUCACGAAGUUGUCGCAGGCCGAGAAAAGUGGGGAGACCUACAUACAUCCCUCUAGGGAGUCCCGGGGGCCAGUUCUACGUUAAAGCUGACGCUCUCAUCGUUUUGUAG